AAAUGCAGGGUCCACAAUAGCGGAAGUUGGAUUUAACAAAGUAAAAGAAGAAGAGUGCCGACCAUUAGCUUGUCUGCUACUUCUGAUAAGUUGCUAGAAAAAUCUUCAGGACAUAAUAUGAGUUAUGCGGAGAAGCAAGACGACAUAACAAAGGAUGAAUGGAUGGAUAAACUUAACAAUGUCCACAUUCAGAGAGCUGACAUGAAUAGACUUAUCAUGAAUUACCUGGUUACAGAGGGCUUCAAGGAGGCAGCAGAGAAGUUCAGGAUGGAGUCUGGUAUUGAGCCCAGUGUGGACUUGGACUCGUUAGAUGAAAGAAUUAAGAUCAGAGAGAUGAUAUUGAAGGGACAGGUCCAAGAUGCUAUUGCACUGAUCAACAGCCUGCACCCUGAACUCUUGGAUACAAACCGUUACCUCUACUUCCACCUUCAGCAGCAGCAUCUUAUUGAGCUGAUUCGUUUGAAGGAAACUGAAGCUGCCCUAGAAUUUGCCCAGUCACAAUUAGCAGAUCAGGGAGAGGAAAGCCGAGAAUGUCUGUCGGAGAUGGAGCGGACCCUCGCACUGCUGGCAUUUGACAAUCCGGAAGAGUCACCCUUUGGGGAUCUGCUCAAUACGAUGCAGAGGCAGAAGGUGUGGAGUGAAGUGAAUCAAUGUGUUCUCGACUACGAGAACAGAGAGUCAACACCCAAGCUCUCCAAGCUACUGAAGCUGCUGCUUUGGGCUCAAAAUGAACUCGACCAAAAAAAAGUGAAAUACCCCAAAAUGACCGACCUCAGCAAAGGAACCAUUGAAGACCCAAAAUAAAGACUGCAGUUCUUCUACAAAAAAAGAGGGCACUUCAUUACAGAAUGGACACAUUUACUUUUAAGCCCAGCAAGCUGAUUUGCUUAUAACUUUGUUUUUGUAGGAAUUGCUUUUUGAUACUUAAUUCAGGUGGUUUAAAAAAUUGUUUUUGUUCUUAAUUUACUUAUUACACUAAAGUAACGCUUGGACUUUAAACUUUCUUUGGUAUUGUAGUUUGCAUUUGUCAUUGUAAAGUUGGUGUUUUGUCUGCAUUGUUUUUUCUGUCUGUUGACAGGGAAAGUGAUUGGCAUAGGCACAUUUGAAUACAGCCUAAGUUAGGCUGACAAUGUGCAACCAUUUUUAGGCAGCAGGGUUUGAUCCGGGGAAAGAAAAUCAUUGUGCUGCUUUCAGAUAAAUCUUCUUUAAAUUAACAUACACCGUUCAGUUGGUGCAUCUAGUGGAUGGAAGUCUGUAGAACAUUUUACAUAGAAUUUUUUAAGCUACUAUGAAGAUAUGAACAAAGACGCAAACAUUUUAAAUGCAUAGUUAUGUUAAAGAAUGGAAGGUGUUGGUGGGGGAUAUGAGAGAUUAGGAAAGUGUUUAGAGUUUGUAAGCAUCAGGCCAGAUGACAGAAAGUGACAGAGACUAUUCUAGAUGGAUAAUUUAGAGUCCCAGCUUUUUUUGUGAAAUUUUAUGUGCUUUAUUUUUUGCAAUAAAAGAUUUUUAAACUGUGA